AUGAACGAGCGCGUGCCACCGAGCCCCGUGCUCGAGUACGACUACCCUGCCGAGCUCUUCGUGCCGGCGCCACGCCGACCGACCGCGUACGACCGCAUCCGACAGGCGUACACGCACCCGACCGCGCGCCUCUCGCUCAACGACGACGUCGGGCCCGACAAGGUGCCGCAAGCGGUGCUGCCGUGUCUUGCGCUCUUCACGUCGGUCGUGCUGGGCUUUGUGCUCUCGUAUGGCGUCGACUACGCCCUCGAUGAGCCGCCCAACUUUGCGAACCGGACCCAAGCCGACUACGAGGCGCUUCUUGCGUUCACGACCAAGCGCGCGUCCAUUGCGCGCUGGCUCGACCUCCCCGGCACGCUCUUUGUCCGCGCCUUGUCCUGUCUCGUCGUCCCGCUCAUCUUUGUCAACCUCGCCAUGGGCGUCGCCGAGCUCGUGCAGACGGCCAAGCUCGGGCGCGUCACCGCCAAGAUGCUGCUGCUGUUCGCACUCACGACGAUGGCGGCCGCCGGCCAAGGCCUUCUUUGGAUGUCGAUCGUGCCCGAAGCCCGAUUGCACACGAGCCAGACGAACACGACGCGGGUUGACAGUCGCCCGCGCCGCAUGAUGUCCACCGAGGUCCUCUGCCCGCUCGCCAACAACGAGACGGAGUACCUAAUCUGGAAGGACAAGGAGCUGAGCUGCAGCCGCGACAAAUCGUCGGCCGCCUUCCAGGUCCGCGACACGAGCCGGAUCUUGGCGAAUGUCUACAGCGCCCGGCGCAGCGUCAAGAAGCAGUCGGUGGUCGACGUCAUCCAGAGCAUCUUCCAGAUGGUCGUGCCAAGCAACCUCUUUGCGUCCUUCGUGCGGGGCGAACUCCUCAGCGUCGUCGCCUUCGUCGUGCCCUUUGGCCUCGCGAUCGCACGGUCGGGGGCCGUCACGGGGCACAACCCGAUGUGGGCGCUCUGCCAGCAGCUCACGAGCAUCUUCACCAUCAUGAUCGCGUGGGUCAUCCAGACCGCGCCAAUUGCCGUCCUCUUCAUGGUCGCCUCGACGCUUGUCUACCCCGAGGAUGAGAACGCAGCGAGCUAUGGGUGGGCCGUCGACGGCGGCAGCCUCCUCUCGGGCGUCGUCAAGGACCCGUCGGCGCUGCCGUUUGAGCAGAUCCUCGCGCGCUCCGAGUACUUCUUCGACAACCUCACGGCCGAAAAGUCGUCGAUGCUCACGUUCCUCGGGCUCUACUUGGCCGGGUGGGUCCUGCACUGCUUUGUGUUUUUGCCGGCGCUCGUGCUACUCACGACGUCGCGGGCGCCGUGGACGUACCUCCGGCGCAUCUUCCCCGCGCUCUCGUUUGGUUUCUUCAACGCGUCGGCGCUGGCGUCCAUGCCGCUCCUCAUGAAGUUCAUGCACCUCUCGCAGUUUGUCUCUCGCCACAUCACGCGCCUCGUGGUCCCUGUCGGGACUGGUGUCCACAUGGACGGCGUCGCCUUGUACGUCUCGUCGGCCAUGGUCUUUCUGCUCCGCACGCAGAGCUACGACCGCAGCGCGCCCGUUCCCGAAGCCUUCUUGCUCAACGGCGCCAUGUACGCCAUCAUCUUUGUGUGCGCGACGUCCGCCCCACGAAUUUGCACUGGAUGA